AUGGACCUCACCCACGGCAUAGCAAUUCGCCCUGAGCUCGUCAACUGCACCGAGCUGGUACUCGUCUGCUGCCACGCCACGUACGUCGGCGAUGGCUCCGACACGGGCGAGGAUCAAUGGGUUCUCCAGCCCUUCCAGCGCUCCCAUCCCGAGACGGGCAAGCCGAGUGAGCACGAAACCUACAUCCAACACAUCCUGUGCGGCGCAUUGAUGGUGGAGUCCCGCCCACAGGCUCUACUAAUCCUCUCCGGCGGCAUGACUACCCAUUCCACCUUCACAGAAGCAGAAGGCUACGAGAAGGUCUUGCACCGUCUGGGCAGCAGAUGGGAUGCCUUUCAGCGCUACGAGCUCGAGAACUGGGCGACGGACAGCUACCAAAAUCUGCUCUUUUCCGUCCUGCGCUUCAAGCAAGUCUGCGGUCGCUACCCAACCGCCAUCACCGUCAUCACCCACGCCUUCAAGGUCGAUCGCUUCCUCGAACUCCACGCCCCUGCCAUCAAAUGGCCCGCCGACCGCAUUCGCGUGCAAGGCAUCAACCCUCCUUUCACUUUCCAGGAGCUUGAGGAAACCGAGGACGGGGAGGCGGAGCGGGCAUUCGACCUCUUCGUCAACGACCCGUACGGAGUGCAGCCAUCGCUGGCGAAGAAGCGACGCGCGCGCAACUGGGACGCCCACAUGCUUGCCGAUCUCGCUUCUCAGGUCGACCCCGCGGUUGCGGAGCUGCUGUAUUGGGAGGGAGGCAACACGGGUCGCGACAUCAUUCCCACAAAGCUUCCGUGGGAGGUAGAGUGA